AUGGUGCGCAUGGCGCAGCUCCGACUCAUAGGUUUGCCUGAGGCGCCAUUCAUCUCUACCGUUCCACCAGAAUCCAAAAACGAUGGUGAUGUUUGUUUUGCCAUCACUAAUCAUCCGCACUAUGAAAGCGCUCAGUUGCGCCGGCGCACACUACUCGCCUAUUCAAUGUACAGCCGACAAACGGUAGCUGACGUCUGGAAGAUAUACCGUCACCAACUAAAGGUCAGCACGUUACCUUGUCGCUUCUGA